AUGGAGAGCGGGGACCCCGAAAGCCCAGAGGAUGGGGACCCGGAGGAGGACACGGCGGCGGCGCUGCAGAGGCUGGUGGGGCUGACGGCCGGCAGGGUGGCGGCGGUGAGGAGCCUGGCCACCCGCUACCGCCUGCUCCGCAAGCUCGGCUCCGGCUCCUACGGCCGCGUGCUGCUGGCCCGGCCGCGCCAGGGGGGCCCGGCGGUGGCGCUGAAGCUCCUGCGCCGCGACACGGUGCUCCGAGCCACCUUCCUGCGGGAGUUCUGCGUGGGCCGCUGCGUCUCAGCCCACCCCGGCCUGAUCCGCACGCUGGCCGGGCCCCUGCAGACGCCCCAGCACUUCGCCUUCGCCCAGGAGUACGCGCCCUGCGGGGACCUCAGCGGGCUGCUCCAGGAGCGGGCCCUGCCGGAGCCGCUGGUGAAACGCGUCGCGGCGCAGCUGGCCGGGGCGCUGGAUUUCCUGCACGGCCGCGGGCUGGUGCACGCCGACGUCAAGCCCGACAACGUGCUGGUCUUCGACCCCGCCUGCAGCCGCGUGGCCCUGGGCGACCUGGGCCUGACCCGGCCCGAGGGCAGCCCGGCCCCUGCACCGCCCCAGCCCCUGCCCUCCGCGCCCCCUGAGCUCUGCCUCCUGCUGCCCCCCGACACGCUGCCCCUGCGGCCGGCCCUGGACUCCUGGGGCCUCGGGGUGCUUCUCUUCUGCGCGGCCACUGCCGGCUUCCCGUGGGACGUGGCACUGGCCCCCGACCCCGGGUUCGAGGCCUUCGCGGGCUGGGUGACUACCAGGCCCAGGCCUCCUCGGCCUCCGCCCCCCUGGGACCGGUUUGCACCCCCAGCUCUGGCCUUGCUCCAGGGGCUCCUGGACCUGGACCCCCAGGCAAGGAGCCCCCCGCUGGCCAUCCUGGAGUUCCUGGGGGAUGACUGGGGGCUGGAGGGCGACAGGCAGGAGGCUGGGGGCUCAGGCCGCGGGCCCAGUGAAGGCGAGGGAGACGAGGAGGAGGGGGGGUCGGACCUGGAGGAGUGGACGGAGGGAGAGGAGGAGGCAGAGGAGGGCGGAGGUGGCAGGAAGACGGGGACAGACGGGGGCACCCCCUCAUCAGAUGACUGA